AUGGCCUCGGAAAGAAGAUCAUACUGGUGCCAAGAGAGGACAGCAGUAGACCAGGUCAAUGUCAUACCAUCACAUUGUCACGACAUUAUUGCCAUGACAGAAAUCCACCAUUCCCCUUCUACAUGGCGCCCAACUUGGUUAACUUGA